CAGUGCCGACAGUCGAGAGGCGACCGCCGCCCGAUCGGUGUCUUUUGGAGAGGGGAGCGUUCCAGCCGGAGCGUCCCGACCGGACCGGGUCUCGGAGCGGCGGCUGCGGAUCAGUCAUGGAGGAUCUGUGCGGCACGGUCACGGUCAGAGCCGCCGGGCAGCGCCGUCAGAUGCCGUCCGUUUGCUGAUGAGAGGAUAACCCGCACGGCCGCGCAGUGACCAUCGGGGACGGUGGCACAGCCAGGGUCCACCCGGAGCGGGCCGCCAGCUCGGCGCUCGCCGAUCUGCACCUGAACAGAAGGCCCGCCCGACGCUUGGACAGGGUGCCUGUAGUCGCCGAACCGACGACCGAACAGCCAGCCAUGCUGAUCGUCACCUACUGCUGCUGCGGCUGCCCGCUGGACGACGGCACGCGCAAGAUCGGCUGGUACAUGGUGGUGGCUGGCCUGCUGCUCGCCACCAUCGACAUGUUCAAGCUGGCCAUCCUGAUCAAGGACCCGGAGCUGGCGCAGACCAAGCAGCCGCCCGAGCUUCUGAAGCACUUCUCCGCCGACGAGGUGCUGGCCGCCAAGAAGGCGGCACUGGUGGCGCUGAUGGUGGUCGAGGGCACGCUGAUAGUGUUCGGCGCGCUGCUCAUCUGCGCCGUCAACUGCCGAGAGGCGUGCCUGGGCUCGCUGGUGCUCGGCUACCUGGCGCUCGACACGCUGGUGGUGGCCGGCCAGCUGUUCCUGCUCUUCUACGAGCCGAGCCUCAUCUACCCGAUCUCGUCGCCGAGUCUGGACGAGCCGGCGGACGGCCAGCCGGCCGGCAGGGGCAGCGCCAGCUUCUUCCACUACUGCCACGGAUUCUUCGUGGCUGUCCAGUGUCUGAUGCAGUGCUACUUUUGCCGCGUGGUGCUCUCCUAUCUGUGUAGGACCCACUGUCGACAGCAGAGGGCCUAGGGUCUCACAGAUGGGCACCGCCUAGGACACUCGGUUGGUUGUUAUUGCAUGAUGCGCGACUUUUGUAUUAUGUAGGUGGCUGGCUGGUACUGUAUCUGAGACUCACCUGACCAAAUCGGACCGGAAGCGAUGUCUAAUUAAUUUUACCAGAAACAAGAGUGAAUGUUCCAAUUCCCUUUUUGAGAAAGGGAGCUCCUAUUCAGUGGCAAAAGGGUAGUCUCAUGUAGAUUUUUCCCAUCUGGUGAGUGAUCCCUUACGAACAAAGUGAUACGUAGACCGGCAACACAGUCGUGGUGCAUUAGCAAGUGUGCAUCCAUUCAACCAGAUACAACAGUUACUCUCGAACUACAUUAACUUAUGCGCGACCGACUCUUAGGAAAUAUAAAAUAAGCGCCCUCGAGGGAGACACGAUCUCUUCACGGGGGAUUCUACCAUGAAAACGAAAUCAGUUGAAUAAUGGAUUGGAGAGAAGAAGCUGACUCCCUAAUUUCUUAACUAUCAAAAUACACCACACGCCCCAGUCUGUGGUGGCGAAGGUCGCGUUCAUUUGAGCAUGAGCAGGCAUUGAUAAAUGCUCAAACUGAUUAUAUUAAAGCAGGUGCGAGUUCUAAGCUCACCUCUUCAUAAUAUUUACAAAAAAGCCAGUUGGUUGAGUGUUUGAACAAAGUGCAUAUCACAAAAUUAUGCAGGAGGCAUCGACUGCUAUUCCCAAAUGGCUACAGAAAACAUAGCAUAUCUGAAUGUGAUUUCAUAUUAUGUGUCUAUGAAGGGAAAUGCACUCCAAUGAAGUAGAAACCGUGUAUUGUUACAUAAAUAGUAGUGUGUACUAUGUUACACACAAUCAUACACAACAAUUAUCUUUUUUUCUAUAGAACAUUUCACUCACAGCCACGUCUUUUGGUAGGCAGAUACAGGCUAAAUAGAUGAUGAUGUAAACAUUUUAUUUUAGCAUCAUCCCCCUGAACUUGAUUUUUUG